CUCGACCCCUUGAUUUGUGUCUGACACAAGUGCUCAGCGCGUAAGGAAAGGGCCGAGGAUCCGUGUUUGCCCAUCUCUCAAGUACCUCCAAGCGACUGCAACAGACUUGCCGACGGCACGGCGGGGUGCGGUCCCUAAAAACGUACUACCUCGGGUAGCAUGGACGGUCAGGUCCAACACGUGCGGGUCGUUGGGGCGGAACGUGACGACUUGAGCAGAGUCGGCGCUCUUGAGUUCGACAAUCGACACGGGUCGAACGCGGCAAAACACACGGAUGUUGCCGGCCAUUUCCAUCACUGGGUUGCGCAAAUGCCGCCGUGCCUUCAUUUCCUGGGCAUACAACUGGGCCAGGUGAUCCUUUUCUUCGACCGCCGCGCGCACCGCCGCUUGCAUCUACAACAUGGAAUCGCAUCCAUGGUCGUCAGGGGUACGACUACGCACCUUGGUCGUCGCUUCGGCGAUCCCAGUUUGCUUGGCUUGGUCCAUCUGCGCUUGCAGAGAGGCCUUCAACGCGUCCAGCUCGGCCUGCAACGAUGCAAUCUGCUUCAUGUUGGCUGCUUCACUGGCUUUCAGUUGCUUGGUCCGACGGGUGCUUUGCGCCGCCUACGCACAACACUCGGUCGUGUCGAAUCUUGUCGAGAGGCCUACAAACCUCACGCUGGUCCACUUGCCACUGCGUCGCCGAGUCAGCCAGGCUAGACAGAUUUUAUUUUUCUCUUGCAUCCACGACGACAACAUGCAACGGUACGCGGUCGAUUGGGUCAAUCUAUGGGCUUCCAACGUCCGCACAGUCGCGAGGAGCGCGUUUUCGCUCGCUUGUAGCGCUUUCAAUUGCUUCUAUGGAUGGUGCCAAGAACGUUGACAGGACAGGUCGUCGACGGCGCGUGGACGUACAUCAUGCUCUCGUGUGAGCUCGUCGAUUUCUUGGGCAUGGCGCAGACCCAGCGCCUAGAAGGACCACCGAGAUACCAUUGAGACGACCCUUACGUGGUUGGGCGCACAAGACGCACUUGUUUCACGAGUUCCUACACGUGGGCAUGGUUGUCGCUUAUCGUUUGGAAAUCUGACGCGAGUUUCGCUUGG